AUGGCUUCGUUGUCACUCAGCUCUCGACUCAACAAGAGCCUGCGUCAGCAGUAUCUGAGCUUGCCGCAGGACGGGAAGUGCCAGGUCACCUACAUCUGGAUCGACGGCAGAGGAGAAGAUGUUCGUGCCAAGACCCGAACCCUGGACACUGAGCCCAAAGGCCUUGAGGGAAUCCCUGAAUGGAACUUCGAUGGCUCGAGCUCGUACCAAUCCGAAGGCUCCAACAGCGACAUGUACCUCAAGCCCGUCUGCAUGUUCCGGGACCCUUUCACCCUGGACCCCAACAAACUGGUGCUCUGUGAAGUCUUCAAAUACAACCGCUUACCCGCAGAAAGCAACCAUCGGUAUAGCUGCGAAAAAGUGAUGCAGAAGGUCGAGAAGCAGGUCAUCUGGUUUGGAAUGGAGCAGGAGUACACGCUGUUGGGAAUAGAUGGACAUCCCUUCAGUUGGCCCGCACAGGGAUUCCCACUACCCCAGGGCCCUUACUACUGUGGCGUGGGGGCAAACAACGCGUACGGACGAGACAUCGUGGAGUGUCACUACAAGGCCUGCCUCUACGCAGGGGUCAACAUCUACGGCACCAAUGCUGAAGUGAUGCCAUCUCAGUGGGAGUUCCAGGUGGGCCCCUGUGAGGGCAUUGCGAUGGGCGACCACCUGUGGGUCGCACGCUAUCUGCUGCACCGCGUGUGUGAAGACUUUGGGGUUGUCGCCACCCUGGACCCCAAACCAAUGACGGGACCCUGGAACGGCGCUGGCUGCCACACGAACGUCAGCACCAAGGAGAUGAGGGAAGAAGGGGGACUGGAAUACAUCGAGAAGGCCAUCGCUAAACUAGAAAAGAGGCACAAGGAGCACAUCGCCGUGUACGAUCCUCGUGGAGGCAAGGACAACAUCAGACGUCUCACAGGUCACUGCGAAACCUCCAGCAUCGAACACUUCUCUGCCGGGGUGGCCAACCGCGGCGCCAGCAUCCGCAUCCCUCGCCAGGUGGGCGCAGAGAAGAAAGGCUACUUCGAGGACCGCCGCCCUGCAUCCAACUGCGACCCGUACGUGGUGACAGAGGCCAUCACGUUCACCUGCCUGCUGGCUUCAGACCAGCAGGGCAGUGGGAGUGAGGUGGAGAUAAAUGUGGAGCCACACAUUCAGUUCUCAUCUCACUACAUCAGUCAAAAAUGUUCAGUUCCUCAGCCAGACCUGACAGGAGGUCAGGGGAACAAAUAA